AGCAGAAAGAGACACCGAGGAAGAGCAGAAGAAGAAGAAGAAGGCGACCAUGUUGAUUGAAAGGAGGAAGAAACACAAUAGAAGCGAUUUAUCUCAAGUAAAAUUCACUUAUUAAAGCGACUUGCAAAGAAAGUGACCGACCGGCCAUGACCUGGACAUCCCGAGUAUAACAGCAGACAGACUGAGGUGACAAGUUUGAGUCGUUGGCUGACUUUGAGGAGGCAGCGGUUUGAUAGGGGCCACACUCGCACACUUUACACACCGACCUGAAGGACUGCGGAGUCCAGGGAGAGAAGAUCGAACACCUGGAGCAGAGAGGAAACGCACAGUGAGGACACAUCAGGGGUGGAAAGCUGUUUGGCUUUGGACUACAUAACCCCCUGUAUGACUAGUAUUUUCAGGAUCCUUAUUUUUUCACACGUGGAGCAACAUACACCCACACAGUGGAAAUAACAGAGAAUUACAGACUAUAUGAUUUUGGGGAAAGACUUGUACAAAGUUGGACAUCAUUUUUUUUCCAAGGACAGGGAUAUUGAGCAACUCUUUUCGGACUCAAAGUGGAAACAAGAAAUUGUUCCAUUUAGAAACAGAAGUUUAAGUAUUGAACUAAGAUUAUAUUGAAGAAGCUAUUCCCCAAAUUCAGAUUGCCUUAGUUGUUCUAUUUCAGGACUUGAACCGCUUCGAUACUUGUUCAUAUAUAAUUUUUCUAUAUUGUGGACAAGUAUAUUCAUGCAUAUUAAUGCAAAUUUCUCUUCAUUUUGAAGAGCUCUUGUGUAAAAACUUUUUUUUGAUGUUCCUGUACGUCAGUCACUCUGUUGUUUGAAGGGGACCGACUGCACGUACUUGUGUAUAUGUAAAUAAUACGAGUCAACCUCUGUUGUAAAAGCUUUGGACUUUAAAAGAAUAGAGAAUAUUGUUUUGUUAAUGCUUUAUUAAACUUUUUUACUUUUGAAGAGAAUUUUUAAAAGAAAGACCCUAAGAGGCAAAAAUUUAAUACUUUGAAGAAAAAAUAAAUAAACUAAGUCAAGGAAAAAAUGGCAACCGCCAGAACAGAAAACCUUGGCACAGCCCUCAUGGGACUGAACAAGCAGAACGGGCAGCUCAGAGGACAGACCAAACCAGCUUCAGUCCAGCCAGCACCGACCACUCUAGGAAAGGCUAUGGGCGCACUCCAGAAAGCAGGCUGCCCCCCACAAGAGGGAGGAGGCAUCAAGUUCGGAGACGACUGGAAAAGGAGCCUGAAGCUCCCGCCCAGAGACACCAGGGUCAGAACCUCCGAUGUGACAUCCACCAAGGGGAAUGAAUUUGAAGAUUACUGUCUCAAACGAGAACUCCUGAUGGGCAUCUUUGAAAUGGGUUGGGAGAAACCAUCCCCCAUUCAGGAGGAGAGCAUUCCCAUCGCCCUGUCCGGACGGGAUAUUCUGGCUCGGGCUAAAAAUGGAACAGGAAAAAGUGGAGCCUAUCUCAUCCCCAUGCUGGAGAGGAUAGACCUGAAAAAGGACUACAUACAGGCCAUGGUCAUGGUGCCCACUCGCGAGCUGGCACUGCAGGUGAGUCAGAUCUCCAUCCAGAUCAGCAAGCACCUAGGAGGAGUCAAGGUCAUGGCCACCACCGGGGGCACCAACCUGCGAGAUGACAUCUUGCGCUUGGACGAAAUCGUGCAUGUGGUCAUCGCCACCCCCGGCAGGAUCCUGGACCUGAUAAAGAAGGGCGUGGCGAAGGUGGAUAGGGUCCAGAUGAUGGUGAUGGACGAGGCGGAUAAGCUGCUGUCUCAGGACUUUGUGGUGCUCAUUGAGGAUAUCAUCAGCUUCCUGGCCAAGCACCGGCAGAUCCUGCUCUACUCUGCAACCUUCCCCAUCAGUGUGCAAAAGUUCAUGGCCAAGCACCUUCAGAAACCAUACGAGAUUAACCUGAUGGAGGAGCUGACUCUGAAGGGCAUUACUCAGUUCUACGCCUACGUCACAGAGAGGCAGAAAGUGCACUGCCUCAACACACUGUUUUCCAGGCUUCAGAUCAACCAAUCUAUCAUCUUCUGUAACUCCACCCGGCGAGUGGAGCUGUUGGCCAAGAAGAUCACUCAGCUGGGCUACUCCUGCUUCUACAUCCACGCUAAGAUGAUGCAGGAAUACAGAAACCGGGUGUUCCAUGACUUCAGGAACGGGCUCUGCAGGAACCUUGUCUGCACGGAUCUGUUCACCAGAGGUAUCGACAUCCAGGCUGUGAACGUCGUCAUCAACUUCGACUUCCCUAAGAGCGCUGAGACUUACCUCCAUCGCAUUGGAAGAUCAGGGAGGUUUGGUCACCUGGGGUUGGCCAUUAACCUCAUCACGUCAGAGGAUCGCAUAAACCUGAAGGCCACUGAGGAGCAGCUGGUGACCGAUAUCAAGCCCAUUCCCGGCAGCAUCGACAAGAGCCUCUACGUGGCCGAGUACCACUCGUCCAGCGGCGACUGCGACGUGGAGGAAAUCGAAGAGAAAUCCGGACACCACGACGACAGCAUCUAAAAAAAAUGAAAUGGGGAAAAAAAGGACUUUAGGACUCAUCGGGCUCUUGCUAAGACAUCAGCGCCCGCAGUCUUCAGGCGAAUCUUCAGUUUCACGUUUUCCCCUCAUUUUCAGAGCCUGACAAAUGGAUGUUUAAUUUUAUUUUAGCGCUUUUCCCCAGAGAAAGUUGAAACUUUAUUCUCUCACUACACCAUCACAGCAUGUGUUUGAGUUCAGAUUAGUUUUCAUCCUAAACUACGUUAGAGACCCGCGCGAAUUAUUGUCACAGCUGUUUUGAACCAGUAGUCCUCCGAGGCCUCAUCGCCAGCAGCAACUUUGGUCCGUGUUUUAAGAUACAAUAGUGUGUUUCCACCAGCCAUCGUUCUGUCCACCUACACUGCUGUUGUCACUUAAGUGCCUUACUUACUCCCGUGUGCACUCAUCCAUUCAUAGCCUGCUGUCUCCUGUCAUGCAGCGCAGUGCGAGCACAAACGAGAUGAACUAAAACCUAAUCGGAUUUUAUUUAAACAUCGCAUUAUGCAAAGGGGUAAAAAGAUGACACACACACACAUACACACACACUGGCCUGCAGAGGUGUGUGUUUGUGUAUGCGUUUGUGUGUCGAAACAAGGCUCAAACUCCUCCAACUUUACUGAAUGUGAAUGUUGCAAUAAAAAAAGGGCAGCUUUAUUUAAA